UACUCCUCUGUGAAAACGAGCCGAUAAACUUUUCACGGAACCACGUGUAUCGCAGGCCAGGAGUUGACCGCUCCCUUAAUCACUUCCUUGCGUGUUCGUUUUAUCAUAAGAGCGUUUAUAAUGUGUUUUGUUUGUAAAAAUGUUUUCGCAUCUAGGUAGUUGCAGGUAUCGCUUUCUUAAUCUUGUUUUGAUACGACGUCGAGCUACACAAUAAUGUGUGCGCGAUGUUAAAUAUAUUUUUAAAGCUUUCUGUGGGGCAAAUUGUAGGUUAUUAGAGAACAGUAAAGUUAUUUAGGUUACCACAUACUGGUGGUUAGAGAAAGUGUAAAAAUGCACGUUCUAUGUUAUUUACGAGUUCGAAAAAUAAGGAAGAUAUUACUGGCGCUGAUGAUUUUGGAUUGGCUGUUCGCCAGGACCACGGAUGCUACUGCACACGAGCCUGGUUUCAGCGGACCGAUAGAAAACGUGACUGCACCGCUGGGUCGCGAGGCGAUCUUAGCGUGCAGCGUGCAUAACCUCUCCACGUACAAGGUGGCCUGGCUUCGUGUAGAUACACAAACCAUACUGACCAUACACACACACGUGAUAUCCCGAAGUCGGCGCGUCGGAGUGACCCACAGUGACCAUAGAACGUGGUUCCUGCAUAUACGAGAACUACGCGAAACGGAUAGAGGGUGGUAUAUGUGCCAGAUAAAUACGGACCCUAUGAAGAGUCAGCUUGGAUAUUUGGAUAUUGUUGUACCACCGGAUAUUCUGGAUCGAGGAACGAGCACAGACCAAACCGUACGGGAAGGUUCGCCAGUCAGCCUUACUUGUGCUGCGACUGGCUCCCCUGAUCCCCAGAUCACAUGGCGCAGGGAGCACACGAAACCGAUCCCUUUGUCCAACGGGUCGCAAGUGACGUCACUGGAGGGUCCCGUAUUAAAUAUUACUAGAGUCACGAGGCAACACGCGGGGCCGUAUUUGUGCAUCGCGUCAAAUGGAGUCCCGCCUACCGUAAGCAAGAGGAUUAUGCUCAUCGUUGAAUUUCCACCAGUGAUAACAAUAAAGAAUCAGCUGGUUGGCGCAGCGCUGGGUACAGACUUAGUGCUAGAGUGUGAGACAGAGGCGUAUCCCAAGCCAGUUAGCUACUGGAGCCGGGAGGAUGGAGAAAUUGUUCCUAUAGGUGGAAGCUUAGAGCCACAAAGAAUAGCUGGUACAUACCGUUCAGUACUUAGACUGCCUUUAAGAAGAAUAAAGAAUUCCGACUAUGGCGCCUACAGGUGUGUCUCCAAAAACGCGCUGGGCGACACUGAAGGCACCAUCAAACUAUAUCCGAUGCCUCCCGCCGCGUUGGAAAAUAAAAAUGUUAUUCAAAGGCUUAAUAUAAUGAUGGACAAGUCAUCAGAAAGUACGCCGUUUGGAACUCAAGAUUUCAGGUUACAAGGUAACGGAGCAGUCUCAUUGAAACAAUCUUGGCUCGUUUUUUUGAUAUUUUCGUAUUUAUUAUUUUAAUCUUGUGGUUGUUGUUGUUUCUAAUGAACACAUGUAUUUGAUUUAACAAGGAUUGAGUACAAAUAAUUAUACAGUAUGUUUUAUGUUAUUAAAUCGAAGACGAAUUGUAAAUUUUAAGUGAGUGUAAAUGACUCAAUUAUUUUAGUUUAUAAACUGAUGUUGAUGGCAAUUUAUAUUGGGGAUAUUCAUAUUAAAAUGGUCAUGAUCCACUAAAUUUGAAGUUAGAAAUUAUCUCACCAAUCAUAGCUACUUCAUACGAAAGGUAAAUGCUCCUAAGAUGAACUUUAUUUCCUAUAAAUUUUAACGGAAACAUUAAUGCUUAAAAGCCUGCAACGAGUAUGGUUCAUAAAUAUUACUAUCUGAAUUAAUAUUAUCUUCAAUUCAUUAGAAG